AUUAGUCUACAUUUAAAUAUCUAAACCUAAACAGCUGCUUCGGAUAAACACGUGAAGUGAAAGCCUGAAACCAUGCUUUACUCUUUAUUUUCGAGGGUUUUCACUCAAGAAAGUAAAGCAAAGGAGAAAAAGGAAGAUGAGAAAUCAGAGAAAACCGAAAAAACAGAAGAAUCCAACAAGAUCGCCACUUCCACCCUGGAUGCGGAGGAGGCCCAGCGCGAUUGGGGCUACGAUUUAUACCCUGAGCGCAGAGGAGACAAGUACCAGCCCAGUAUGGGUGGAAUGCUGUGGUUUGGAGACAAAAACAGUUCCAUAGACAAACUCAAAUGCGAGCAAAACGUUUACUCCUGUGCAAAAAAUAGUCCUUUGAUAAAAUUGAUGAUGGGCGCUUUGAAGAGCUCUGGUUGUGAAAUUGACCUUCGAAGACACAUUUCAUGCGAAUACUGCGAUCCAAGUGUCACUGGUGGCUACGAUCCCCUUUUGAAUCAGGUCGUAAUUUGCCAGAAUGUUGCGAAAGAAUUAGGUAUCGUUCAGGGUGUGUUAGCGCAUGAAAUGGUCCACAUGUUUGAUUACUGCCGACACAAACUUGACUUUAAAAAUCUGAAGCAUUUGGCCUGCACGGAAAUUCGAGCGGCCAAUUUAACCAACUGCAGCUUUAUGUCUGCGUUUGUGCAAGGAGAUGCGUCCCCGUUCAACAUUAAACAAGCCCACCAGAAUUGUGUGCGAACCAAAGCAAUAGCGUCUGUAAAAGCUGUGAGGAAUGUGACUGAUGAGCAAGCGGCUGAAGCUGUGGACAGCGUGUUUGAAAAGUGCUACAAUGAUUUGGAGCCCAUUGGAAGGCGAAUGCGAAGAAACUCUUAUGACAUGCAUAGGGCGUAUUACGAAGGACACAGAUAUGGAUAUUCUUAAUUAUUCUUAGUUGUUGCUGAUUCCCCAAAGAGAUAAAUAGGUAAUAAUUUAGUUCAAA